ACAAUGAGUCUUAACGAAAAGGACAAAGCCACAGUGAAAGCUUUCUUCAGCAAAGUGAGCUCCAGAGCUGAGGACAUUGGUAACGAGGUCUUGUCCAGGACUUUAAAUGUCUACCCUCAGACGAAGACUUAUUUCUCUCACUGGAAAGACCUGAGCCCAGGUUCUGCUCAAGUGAAGAAGCACGGACUGACCGUGAUGCAGGGAGUCCUCACAGCCGUCGAGCAGAUAGAUGACCUUAAAACUGGUCUGCUUAACCUUAGCGAGCUGCACGCCUUCAUGCUGCGUGUGGAUCCAGCCAAUUUUAAGAUAAUUUCACACAACAUCCUUGUGGUGCUGGCCUUAUUGUUCCCAAAUGACUUUACCCCUGAAGUCCACGUUUCAGUGGAUAAGUUCCUCGCACAAGUCAACCUGGCUCUCUCUGAGAAAUAUCGUUAA